CAAUCCUCGAUGUAUGAAUGAAUUCCUUUCUUCUCAACAGAGCCCUCGGCUCUGUCAGCUCAAAUACCUUUCAUGUUGCUCAGACCACCCGGUUAGUACACAACCUCGAGCCCGCGCCUGGGAUUCGGUUUUCCAGCCUCAGAGCCCGGCGAAGGAACGAGUCUCGAGGCGAUACCACACCUUCAGACGAGGAACAUGAACCCAAGGAAGAUGAAAUUGCCCACAAUUCGGGCGUGAAUUGCCUGGCAAUUGAUAAAUUUGAAGGUCGAUAUAUGUUAUCCGGAGGUGCAGAUCCAACCAUUCACCUUUGGGACCUCGAGAGUAGAGGAUCAGAACUCAACCACGUCCAUCGAUCUCGCGCUUUAGUUAGCAAGUCCUCCCACCCAGAUGCGCACACCCAUGCCAUCACUUCUCUGUCCAUCUACCCCUUCGAUCCCGAGCCAUCAACCAUCUUCUCUACUGCCUACGAUGGCACAUUGAAGCUUUCAGCGCUGCAGUCACCAGCCAUAACCCCCGUCCAUACAUUUAAAUUGGAAUGCACACCGUACGCGCACUCGUUUUCUUCCCAGCCCGGAUCCACACUGCUGGUUGCAGUUGCGACGUCCGAUCAAGCCGUUCGCCUGGUUGACUUGCGGUCUGGCCUUGCAGCCCAUGGUCUACCAGGGCAUAAUGCCGCAGUGCUUUCGGUAGACUGGGCUCCACAUCGACCCCAUCUUCUGGCCUCGGGCUCCGUGGAUAACCGGGUAAUCAUCUUCGACGUGCGCCGUGGCGGCCAUAACUCUGCCAUUGCGACUUUGGACAUGGAUGACCCGGUAGGAUUGGCAGCUCCAGGCUCAGUCCCUGCAACAUCCUUCGAGCCGCGGCCAGCAUUCUCUCGGCAUGCUCGUGCUCACAACGGCGCUGUCACUGGUGUACGAUGGACAUCCAAUGGCACCCAUCUGGUCACCACUGGCCAAGAUUCCCGUAUCAGAGUAUGGGAUGCAGCAAGUGGUGCGAAUACCUUGGUUCAUUUUGGGCCUCGCGUUCGCAACUCCACCUCUUCAUAUCUGGCCGAGCGGGCUCCAUUGGUGUUACCCAAGGGAAUAAUGGCUCCAGGACAUGAGACCCUUCUAUGGCCCAAUUUCCAUGAGCAGGAUGACCGUGGAGAGAUCUUCAUGUUUGAGCUCCGCGAUGGGACAUUUAUCAAGCGACUUCGGGUUCCUGGUAUCGCGACUGGUUCUCAGGCUCGUGGCCGAUCUAAUGCAUUAAGUGCGGCACGGAUUAACGAUCUAGCCUGGCGCGGGAAUGGUGGGUCAGGCGAGGGACUAGAAUUGUUCUCUGCUCAUGGCGACGGAACUAUCCGUACUUGGGUAUCUCGAGAGCCUGAUGGCGAACCUACCGAGGAGGAGGAAGCAGCACUUGCUGACCGUAAGAGGAAACGCGAUGUACUAGAUGAAAUCUACCAGGGGUUCCCUGAACCAGAAGCAUCUAGAGUCCAUAUCUAG